CAUAUAUGCGUGAAAGCAAAACCCAAACAAGCCCACGUUUAUAAUCCCCCAAUCAAGUCCACACUCUCCACCAAAAUCAAAAACAUAUCCAAGUAACCAAUUGGACGGCCUUGCAGCUUACACACUUGUUAAUGCUUACAAAUGGCUACUGGACUAUUCUGGAGACGGUGCCCUAUUCGAUCGCGAAUGCUGCACCUAAUCAGACUCUCACCACGGCCACCACUCUGAGCAAUGGUGGGUCAAGUCUGCUCACGGGAGCCACUGUGGUGGUGGAGCUGCCUCCCGACGAUCUGGGUAAUCCGGUGGGCAAUAUACAGUACACCAUACCGGCGCUGACUAAGAAUGCCACCACAAACACCAACACGACCAGUUUGCUGCACAAGCCGCAGGCUACAACCAUACAGAUUGUGAAGCAGCAACACCAGCAGCAGCAUCAGCAGCAUCCCCAGCAGCAACAUCAGCCACAUCAGCAGCAACAUCAGCCGCAUCAGCAGCAACAUCAGUCGCAUCAGCAGCAACAUCGACAGCACUUGACCAUCCAGCAGCCGCAGACGCAUGCACGCCAGGAGUACAUCAAAAUAGACACCUCCAGGCUGGAGGACAAGAUGCUCCUGCGCGACGUGAUGCAGUACGGGGCCACCAGCAUUGCCAUGGCACCGCAGAGUGCCACCACCACAGUGGUGUCCACACAUGAGUCCGGCUUGCUGCUGGCCGAUGCCGAUGAGGCUGAGCGGGAGCUCGAAUUGGAGGCCAUGAAGGUCGACCAGCAUGAGGAGGAGCAUCUGCUCGACGACGAGGGCUAUGUGAUUGAAAAAAUGCACGGUGAUGGGGAGGCGGUUAAUCAGCCGCAGGAAAAGCUGUACAUAAACGGAAUGUCCAAUAUCAUCCACACAGCCACCACCAUGACGUUGCAACAGGACGACUGCAAGUACGCGUGCAAUGUGUGUGGCAAGACCUACAAGAUCAAGGGAUCCCUCAAGCGCCACAAGAACUACGAGUGUGGCGUGGAGCCGAAUCUCAAAUGUCCCCAUUGCCCGCACAAGUGCAAGUACAGGUCGGACUUGCGCAAGCACAUGAACCAGAAACAUGCCGAUUCCGGGGAGGCAAUCCUUGGAACCUAGAUCGAGUUAUACUAAGAUGUUUUAGCAUUCGUAGUCUCAGUUUAGCACUUGUUGUUGUGAGUUACCAUAUUGUGUGAUGAAUUCUUACUCUAAACCUAUGAAUUUAUACGGGCGACAGAUAGUUUUGGGGGUUUAUAAAAUUGUUUGGAUGUCAAUGCAUUUUAGUUUCGAAAAUUUUAGUUCCUCUAAAGUACGUAGCAAAUCAGUUCAUGUACAAGAGAAUAUAUCUCAAGUGAUCCCUUGUAUAUAGUGUUUUAGAACCGACCUAAGCACUUCUAUUCACGUUUCUAAACCUCCCAAAAUGUGUCUUGGCCCAAGUAGUCAGUAAACUGUUUGUACUAUAGCCAAAGUUAUGAUCUCGAAAUGUAAUCUAUAAUUCAUUAAGCUAGUUGGACUGAGUAUCGAAACGCGCCGUCGAGUCGAGGCCAAGUUGAAUUGCUCAAAUUGUAGAAUCAAAUCUCGCAUCAGCUCAAGCCAAGCAAGCGUAAGUUUAAGUAUUUUAAACUCGAACACUAUACCCUAGAUACCCUAGAUGACGUUUUAAAAACAUUACCCAACCAACCACUGCGUAUUUACCAUGUAUGUGAAAGUACGAAUAAAUAAAUGUUUACAAUCAAA